UAAUUGGCGCUGUACGGACCCUAAACGGAGCUUUAGUUUUUCACCACGCGAGGCGUCAAUAUCAUCCAAACAGCAACUAAAGUUUAAAUCAAACGUUGGAGCCAUUGGAACGAGGGAACUAAAAGCGUCGAAUAGUUUUUUUAAAAUACUAAAUAUCAAUUGAUGGUUUUGUUUAAAAGUUAUUAAAUACUUGACACAAGUAACUGCUGGACGAAGGUAUUUUAAGGUGCAAGAUUAAGAAAAAUCAUUUUUUAAGAGCAAUCAGGAUUAAUUAUGGCACACGGGAAUCUAUGUAAAUUACCUUCUAAUGUUCCACCUGAAUAUAAAGAGGCUGUUUUAGAAACUUUGCAUAAAAUGGAAGAACAUGUUAAUAGUAGAGGUCAUAGAUAUAAAUGGAAUUUGAAUGACUUUGAAAUCGGAUCACCAUUGGGCCGUGGUAAAUUUGGUCGUGUUUAUUUAGCUAGAGAAAAAACCACACAUUAUAUGGUUGCUUUAAAGACUUUAUAUAAAAUAGAAUUAAUGAGAGGUCGUGUAGAGAAGCAAGUAAUGCGUGAAAUUGAAAUUCAAACACAUUUGAGGCAUCCCCAUAUCCUCCAAUUGUUAACUUAUUUCCAUGACCAUAAACGCAUUUAUCUUGUGUUAGAAUUUGCAGCUAGGGGAGAAUUGUAUAAAGAAUUAAAGCGUCAACCCUAUGAAAGAUUCAACGAACACUUAUCUGCAAAAUAUACAUAUCAAGUUGCGGAUGCAUUAGAAUAUUGCCAUCGAAACAAUGUAAUUCAUAGAGAUAUAAAACCAGAGAAUUUAUUGCUUACAUACGAGGGUGAUAUCAAAUUGGCAGACUUUGGGUGGUCUGUUCAUGCACCAUCAUCUAAGAGAAACACGCUUUGCGGAACAUUAGAUUACUUACCACCAGAAAUGGUAACAGGGCAAAAUUAUGACAUAUACGUUGAUCAUUGGUGUUUAGGUAUUCUCUGUUAUGAAUUUUUAGUUGGUAAUCCUCCUUUUCUAAGUGAUUCUCAACAAGAAACAUAUGCUAAAAUAAAAACUGUAAAUAUAGAAUGGCCAUCGGUAAUAACACCAGGAGCUAAAGAUCUCAUAUCAAAAUUAAUCAAGCGACAAAGUUCUGCAAGAAUUUCUAUGGCUGCUGUUAAAAAUCAUUUUUGGAUUUUAAAACAUAAGGACGCACAUUCAUGAAAAAUGUUUAUAUAUCUUAUACCACUACAUAAUUCUAUAAAUGUGUUUUAUACAAUAACUGUAACAAUUUUUCUACUUAUCCAAUAAAAGGAAGGUAAAAUUAAAGAAAUGAA